AAACCGCGCUGGGAAGUGGCCCAGAUUACUGAGACUUUACAGAAUCAACUCCUAAACCGAUAUCCUGUACGGACGCUAAGCGCUUAAGACUUUUUAAUACUUCCUAGGGAUUUUCUUGAAAACCGUCGAGUUUUGCGAUUGACGCUGAUUUGUAAGAUCAUACCCUUCAGACGACGAUCGUGUUUUUCUAAACGAAUAAAAAGAUAAUUUCCCAGGUUACUUUGUUCAAGUGUGGUGUAGUGUUUAUUGAGACUGUGAUAGACUUGUGUGAUUUUUUUCGUGCUCAUCAAAUUCCUGUACACGACUACGAAAUAUUUAAGCCAAAGAAUUAUGAAAUUACAAUCAACAAACUGAAUACAGUCAAUAAAAUCUCUAUUACUUAAUCAACCUUACAAUGGAACGUUUAGAAUCCUUACAAGACCCGUCGUUGUGUCUUCAAGACCUCGUGACUGGUGUAACUACGUCUUCAGCCAAUUCAGACAUACACGGUCAUCAUCCUUUACACGACACCACCGUUUCCGUGAGCUCGGCUAUUUCCGGAAUAAUGAGCUGUACAUCAUCGUCAGUUCUCGGUCAUCACGUGACCUCUCAUGAAUCGCCGCAUCAUCCCGGAGUGGUACCUCAUACGCCAUCACUGCAUCACGAACCUCUGGAGAAGUUGAAACUUUGGGCUGAAACCGGAGAUUUCCGGGAUGCUCACAAUGGAAUGUCGGGAUCGACAAUGGACCAUCCACAACUGCCUUUUCCCGCUGCUGUCAGAACUAGAACAAGAGAACGAAAAGCUAGCAGAUCUUUAUCAGAUACGAUAAAGACAGAAACGGGCGUAGGCGUGGAAUCUUCUGAAGCUGAUGAUGGCAAAAACGAUAAAAAGAAUAAAAGACAAAGGCGACAAAGGACGCAUUUUACCAGUCAACAAUUGCAAGAACUGGAAGCAACUUUCGCAAGAAAUAGAUACCCCGAUAUGAGUACUAGAGAAGAGAUAGCCAUGUGGACAAAUCUUACUGAAGCUCGCGUUAGGGUAUGGUUCAAAAACCGUCGAGCAAAAUGGAGAAAACGUGAAAGAAACGCAAUGAAUGCCAUGAACGCAGCUGCGGAGUUCAAAACUGGUUUCGGUACUCAAUUCAACGGUCUUAUGCCAACAAUAAGCGACGAUAGUUUCUACUCCUACUCCACAUACAACAAUUGGGCAACUAAAGUACCGAGUCCUUUAGGAACUAAACCACCAUUUUGGCCGGUAGUUCCUACGAAUCAUCACCAAAGCCCUGUAAAUUGUUUUAACGCUGCAUCUUCCGUAACAGGAGCAACAAUGAGUGGCGCGGUCAGUAGCAUGCUUCCAGGCGCCAUGGGCACGGUGAUGACAUCAACGACUCCCGGAGCUGUGUCGGCGCAACCCUGUCCUUACACUACUCCCGCAAAUCCUUAUUCUAUGUAUCAUCACAGAAGUGCAGCUGAACCUUGCACAGCUAUGUCAUCUAGCAUAGCUUCGUUAAGACUAAAAGCUAAGCAACAUACUGGAUUUGUGGGGUAUUCUAGUGUAAGUCCUGUUCGAUCAUCGUCGACAGGUUUAUCUGCUUGUCAGUAUGCAGGUAGUGGGAUAGGUGUAGGGGAGAGGCAUGGCUGAGAGCAGGAGGUGGCCCUUGUGGCCCAACUCAAGCACGAAGACCAAGACGAUUGAAGUUACAGUGACCUACGGGCAUGGUAUUGAAGUUUUUAGUUAUUCUGGACGAUAUAAGCAAUAUUCAAUACAUUAAAAUGAAAAAUUAGCAAAUGCGGCACUUGAAAAAUCGUUAUUUGAAAUACUUUUCCACAAAAUUUAUGAAUUCUAACAUUUGGCUUUACGUUGCCAUUUUAGUGGGUGUACCAAAUGCCGUUUCACUCGAAUUUGAAAGUUAUGUUAUCAGUAUUUGCCGAUAUUAACUACUUUAAAUUAACGCAGUGAUUGAGACAGUAUCAACUGGUUAAGUGAGACUAUUUUUUCUAAGAUAGGUUCUACUUAAUAUCAUUUACAAUCAAAGGAAGAAUCAAAGUAGCAUAAUACAUAGUCGUCUGAAACGAUUUAUUUUGAUCUGGAAAAUAUAAUCGUGGACUUCAUCUUAGUUUGGUAAGAGCCAUUCCAAAGAAACUUAAUGUUAUGGUAAUCUAAGGUCACGACAGACCAGCGAAAAACAAUAUUAACGAGUUAGAUGCCAGGUAGUACUUGGAAAGCUCAAAAAGCCAAUACAACACGGUUCCGAUUGCAUUUGAUUGAAGUUCAGAAUGUUUAGAAGGUGUAAAAAUUUCAAGCCCAUUCCCGUUUUUUCGGAAAUAUUUAUUAUGAAAUAAGAAAAAUUAAAGGGUCACCGAAAUUUCGAAGUUUUGAUCAAAUUGUGUAAAUAUGUAAAAACUAUAGUUUGAUGUCAUGUGUAAAACAAUUGAAAUGAGAAAUUUUGAAAUCUUGAAAAACGCAUUCUUAGUUUAAUUUUCAACUUGAGUCUUCCAUAUGAAUAGCCUAAUUUGAAAAAAAAUCACUCACAAGUAAAUGAUAUGAAAUUUACAAUAGUACCUUGAAAGGAAUCCAGAGCUGGGUAAUGGAAAACAUUUUUUAUUAUAGUGUUUUAUUCCUUAUUAUGGAAUUAUCCACUUAUUUUGGUCAUAUACAUUGAUUAUAAAAUAAAAAUAGUGAUUUUUUGUCAUUAAAAUACAAAUUUAAAUUUUAUUAUGGAUUUUUUCCAUUAAAAAUUCUUUUUUUUUCAGAAAUUUUAGUGAACAAUUUCCAUAUAUUUCUUAUUCUAUUUAUUCAAAAAGCAUUUAUUAAUAAUUGAUCUCUUCAGCAAGCUCUUUGAGACCAUGGUAAAACCAUUCUUUGGACAAAAAAUUGUCGGACUGCAUUUUCAACAUCUUAUUUCGAUUCAAAUUUUUUUCCACGCAAUGUGUCCAUGGAUAAAUAGUAAUCUGAAGGUGCAAGAUCUGCACUAAAUGCUGGAUGUGGUAGGAGCUCAAUAUCUCCAAUUUCUUUGAUCUUAUUCCGCGUAACUUUCGCAGUAUGUGAUUUAGCAUUGUCUUGCUGCAAAAAACCCGCUUUCAGUUGACUAAACCUGGAUAUUCCUCCGGUAUAAUCUCGUACAUUCACUUUAGCUGUUUACUCCAUACCUUGACAUUGAUAGUUUGAUCAUCUGAAAUGAUUUAGAAGCACAAUAAACUUUCAAAAUUCCACCAGACAACAAUAAGACUUUCCGCUUGAAUCAACCUCUCUUUUUUGUCUUAGUACUGAUUUUACACCUUCGGGUUAUUUAGAUAAAUCCAUUUUUCAACACAAGUAACAAUGCGGCAAAUUAAACGAUCAUGUUUCGACAAGGCAAGGAGCUGUAUAGAGUAUACCUCUAUAUCUUUUUUAUGUAUAAAGCAAACACAAGAGGGUAAACCCUAUUACAUUUUAGUAGUUCGAGUGAUGCCUGCCGUGUGAAUAUUGAUAUUGAACUUCUGUAGACUAUAGUGUUUGUUAAAGACGUGCCCUGGUAGCUGAUUCCUCAAGCUCGCACUUCUCCAAAAAAAGGAUUCCCGAUAAAUUGAAAUUAUGGGCGUCUGCAGGCGAAAUCGGUGUUUAUGAGCUACGUCUGCCUGUCCAAUAGUACUCCCAAUACUGCUCUAGGUGGGUUUAUGUUACACAGCUUGGAAGAGUAUCUGCCGUGAUAGUAUCGGUAUUAGCGACAUUUUUUCUAUGCACUAAACUCUCAACUCUGGUUCACGAAUUGCUCUCUUCUGUAUUGAGUCGAGCAUCUUCAAGGUAUGCUUUUGAGCCGAAUUCCAAAUAUGCGAGCAAUAGUCCAAAGAUAUACGAAUUUAGGCCUUGUAGAGGUUUAGAAGCUGUUGUGGAGUAUAUAGCUUUUUGGUCUUCAAGAGGGGUUCAAGUUUUUGUGAAGCUGCUUCAGCUAAUCGGUCACAUGACUAUGCUAGGAAAUAUUGCCCUCAACCUCAACAUCCAACAGGACAGGACCAAAUUCGAAGUCUCUCAGUGCUAGCUUUCUUCGUAAAAACAACAGCCUCCUUCUUUGCAGCAAUAAACUCAAUCAGAUUGCUUCCACCUCACUCGAAAUGCUGUCUACGGAUUUGGGUGUUAGCUGAGUUUAUUUGAGCGGCUGAUUUAAAAUACGACACCAAUGUGCUACCGUCGGCGUAACUUUAGAUCGGGUUUGCAGUUUUGUCGAGUAGAUCGUUGAUGUACAAAAGAAAGAGAGUAGGUGAAUUCCUUGAGACACCAGCGUUGAGCUUAAACCUUUCUGAGGUGGUCCAUCGAUAGUGAUCCUGAUGGAUCGAUCUUUGAAAAUUAUUUUAGAGUACACUUAACAUUCAUAAUUACACCAACACACAACAAGACUUUCCCCUCUCUUUGCUGUGGGUUCUGAUAAUCUUCCUUUGUCUAACUAUUGAAUUUUCCCGUUUCAUCACAAGUAAAAAUACGCCAAUCGGAAGGUUGACGAUCUGUUUACAUACAUCUACUGACAUUUCGCAUGAAUCUCAGUUAAUUCGACAACUUUUGUAGAUAUUACAUAAUGAUUUUAAAUGGUGCUUCCCGCUUCUCUUGUAACCACAAUAUUCCACGCAGGUCACCUCCAUUAAAACGAUUAAACCAACGAUGUGUUGUUCGCUCAUAAGCUGUGUCUUUCCUUUCAAUUUUACAUAUUUUCCUUGCUGCCACGGCUGCUUGAACUUUUUAAACUAGUCUUAACAAGUUAAAAAAUGUUCGAAUCGAGGCAUAGGCAUUUUCAUAUAUGAAAUUAUCUAUGCGACAACUUCUGUAAUUAGCAUAAUUAUCAGCCAAUUUCAAUUAUUAAAUUUUCUAUUAAAUGUUAGGUUUUGUUACUUUAAUCUGGCAAUAACAAUGAGAGCAAAAAUAAUUCCUUUAAUAACUGCCGUUACAUCAAAACUACGCACAAUCCAAUUGUGAGCAUUGAUGGAGAGUAUCACAUUUAUUAGUGUUAUUUUGUUAUAAAGAAGAUAAUUUUUCUUUGGAUCUCCAUUUGAGGCAAUAAAACUAUCAAGAAACAAAAUAUUAUUAUCCUUUCAAGCUCUUCAGAUCGAUAACCCUGUAGUACUGAAUAUUUCACGACGCGACGUAAAGUGUUGGAAAGAGUGAAUAACUCCAAUAGAUAUUUCACGUGUUCAUAAUUCCAAUGUCAUUGUCAAAAUGAAAUCCUCCUCAUUUACUGUGGUUCAGCUAAUAGCAAAGUUUGGAUAAUCUUGGAAAACUGCGUAAGUACAAAAGCAUAUCUAUCAUUAUUGAAAUAUUUGGUAUCGUGUAAUGAAAAUAUGUGUGCUGAUUAACACUAACAGUUUAUGCUGACACUAUAACAGUUUACAUUGGCAGUGUCAGUACUCAUAAUAAAACUAUGCUUACUGCUCAAACUAACAAUUAUGAGGAAAUAGAUAUUUCCAUGAUGUACCAAUGAGCGGGAUGUUAUAGAAACUGUCAAGUUACACAUCCAAAUGUUGACUUUUACGUUCGAGCUUCGUCGACUAUAAUAUGCGGGUUCAAACUUGCUAUAUGGAAAUGUUUUUAUUAUUCUAUUUCUGGCGAAAUUUUAUUUUAGAUUAAAUUUGGUACACAAUGGAAAAUUGGUAGUUGAGUUGUCAAUCAUCUACAUUUGACACGAUAGCUGAAGGAAAGCAAAAUAUAGACUACUAUCAUUUUCGAUAUUAUCAAAAAAGUUCUUCUAGAAAAGUUAUUUUGAAUUAGAAACAGUAUUUAGAUUUGAUCUAUGAUUUCGUUUGUAGAAAAUGGUUCCGAUUUUUACUAGUUCUCCUACUAGGUCACAUAUUAGGAUUUACGUUCUUGAGUAACUAAUAACUUGACAAUUGCAGAAGAUGUAUAUCGUAAUUUCCUCCUCUAUUCCACAGAAACUACCUAGAAUCUUUGCGUUUCUUUCCUUACCUGCAAUAUAUCCCAAAAGAUUGAACCUCAUUAGUUUGAUCUGUAAACAGAAGCGUGUGUUCUUUGCACCCUUUUUUGCUCCUGCGAUCUUGCCUUUUUUGGAUCCAUCAGUGAGUGUCACCAUUUUGAGGCAAACUGACCUCGUUUUGAUCUGAAUAAUCCUCGUUAAGAAGCUUGACCUCAAAUUUCAUGACAACUAGGUACAUGCGUUGGAUCCUGUCGAGGGGUCUUAUAAAGAUUAUAUUUUAGGAAGGAAAUCCCUCUACGAAUUGCUAAAAAUGUAUUACUUUUGUAUGUUUAGACGUUUUAAAGCUUGAAACAAUUUGCGUUAUAAUAAUAUAGCAAUUAGCAAAGUAAAGAUUCGAUGACAACUCUCUUCCAUGGAGAAAACAGAAAAGUCAAGAAGAAUUAUUUAUUAUACUUUAUCCCGAAAAUCUCACAUGAAUGUUUCGAAAACACGAGAUCUAUAGACAAUAACAAAAACAAAAAAACAUACUAGAUAAGUAACACUGGACCAUGAAUCACAAAAAAAAUUUUAUCAGCGGUAAUUGAGAAUGAAGAGUAUAUGAAUAAGUAGAUACUCAAUUGUUCAGUUUUUUUUAUAUUGAGUUAUAUUGAGGAAAACGUUUAUGCUUGGAGACCAUAUAAAAAUAUCGAUAUAAAUGUUUUCAAAUUUAGAUUUCUGAUAUCUCAAAUGCUAGUUUCCCCAAUUUUUAUUAAGAAUAGAAUUGUUGACGGAUGGAUGUUAAACCAUUUUCUAUGUAUGGACUUAUUUAUGAAACCCUUUAUAUUUAUUUCCAAUGACUGUAUGCGUAGUGUAAUAUUUUAUUUAUUCAGAAAAUGACAUUGAAGGCAUAUCUUUUAUAUAACAUAAAAUUUUAGUAUUAAUAUACGUAGAAAACUACCCUGUUAAUAAAGUAUCAUUUAAUACUGAUCAAUCAUUUUUUAUAGAUUGACGUCGGUAAAGGAUUUUAUUAUGCCGUUAAAAGAUAUCUUUUCAAGAUUACAACAAUUUCUUAUCAACACAAAAAAUUGAUAAUCUAAUCAAAAAUGGAUUAUUUUUAUGUCUUUAUUGUAUUAUUUCUAAGAUAAUUUUCAAUUAAAGACCAAUUUAAAAGUUAUAAAAUACACUACAGAGAAUUUUUUUAAAUAAUCAUUUAUUAGUAAAUUUUGGAAAUCAGAAAUGAAUAGAUAUUUAAAUCUUCAAAGUCAAAUACUAUAUAAAAAGUUUUCAUUUUUAUUUAGUAUCAUAUUCUGCCUUAAUUACUACCCUUAUACUAAAUAUCGUAACAAUUAUUGAGAAAUCUAAAUAGUCAACAAAUUAUUGAAAACUUGACAAUGACUUGGAUUUUGCCUUGUUGAUAUUUGUGUUCAUGCUGUAGUUAAUAUUUUAGAAAAUUCUCUGAAAACACAGUACACAACAAAAAAUAUGUAUUCAGAUCACAUAAAUGCCAACCCAUCGUACUGUAGAUAGAUAAAAACAUUUUUAUUCAAUAAUUAUAAAUUUAUUUUAUUAUGGUAGAGUUGCUCAAAUAUUUUUUUUAUUUAAGAUAAUGCAAAAAGUUUGAAUGUUUUAUACAUCAAUAAUAAACAAACCAACUUCUUGCACUACCUUGAUCUAGUACAAAUAUAAAAAAUAACCAUUGUUAUUGUGCCAAAUGUUUUCAGAUUUAUCCAAAGACUUUAUUUUGAAUUGUUUAACGCAUUUUUAUUAUAUUGUAUAUUCGGCGGUCGAUAUUUAUGAAGUAUAUUAGCAUUUUAAUUCGAUUUUAACAUGUGGUUUAUUCAUAGAUUACACUUUCUGAAUAAAAUGCCCCUUUUUCAAGUCCCUGAUCUGUAAAAUAACCAAUAGAGAGAAGAAGUAGCAUGAGUUAAUACAUUUACUAAGAAUGGGUUACCCGUAUUAUCCAUUCGCAGUCACCUUGGUCGUCCUAGCCUAAGGGGAAUAUACAGAACUGGAUUAUCCUUCAGGCAUCGCCGGCUUCAAAGCAAAAUCUUCCACUACGUGAAAUCCUAGGAUUAUCUUCUUUGUGUUAAUAAGAGCUAGGCUAAUUCCAAUUUUCCUUCUCAAUUGCACAGUCUUGCCUGUCUGUGAUAACGAAAUUCCACGUGCCCUCCAAUCUUGACCAGGUUUUCGGCAAAUUAAUUGCUCCUGAGUCCCUUAUAUCAAGAAUCGAGAGUAGCUCUACUAUCUAGCUUUCCUAAAUUCGUGGCACAGUAAAUAUGAUGAAAAUCAGUUAAGACUUAAGCAAAUAUAUAUUUUACAAUUCUUUUUUGGUUGUUUUGCGAAAACUAUUCCCGCUUCUUAAUAGCAUGAAAAGUGAGAAAAACAUUAUUAAAAUCACUGGAUCCAGUGAUAGAGAUAUUAGAGGAGUGAAAAGUAAAAAACAUGUCAUGCGGAGAAGAGUAAGGGAAACUUUAUAACUGUUCAUGUACAGACCUCGAAGACCAAAAGCGUUGGUAACAGAAUGAGGUGAAUUUUACAAAGUUAAGCCAUGGUUUUCCAGUGAAUUUGAUGGAGCUUGCGGUUGCUAAAUGGAGAGGAAUUGAAAUUAUUGGUGCAUAUGGUUGGACUAAAUAAAUUGAAACAAUUCUUCAAGUCGUUACGCAUUCACUUUAUUAUUCUGGAGAGGUGAAACCCGGUCAUUUUUGAUUUCUAAUAUUCCCAGUUUAUUAUUCAUAUUUUACAAUAAAUCCCGGCUGUUAAGCUUUGAAGGGGUAGUUAAAACCUGAAAGAGGAGUAUAUAAUUUUGUUCAGAAAGAGUAAUAUGAUCAGAAAAACAUCAAUAUAAUCAAUAUAUUCCAUGAAGAUGGACCGCACAAUAGAAUGGUCUCAGAAUUAUAAAUGGAUUCCAUAUUGAUGGAUAUAGUCAAUUAAGUACCAAUUUUAUGGUUUUAAUUAAAUAUUCGUAGACUUUUUCCUUUGGUGAGAUUAUUGAUUUAUAAAGUUUUUCUUCAGUUUCGUGUUUAUACUUCGUAUGGUAAAAAUUGUUUUUGUUUCAAGUUCACAUAUUCACGUUAAUAUUUUGAUUUCGUCUACCUUGUUUUCAAAUAUUCUCUUUUCUAAUAAAGACACCUUUUGUUUAAUUUAUUUUGCUUCUAUCCAAACAUUGUAUUUACUCUUCAAUAUGUCAAAUACAUCAUGGUCAGCCCCUCCCAUAAUAAAUUUCAGUAUUAUUAUAUCCUUAAUAGAAGUAACAUGAAAUUUGUUCUAAGCAGACCAUUCUCCUAACUUACAAAUCAUAUUUUUCCAAAUGUAAAAUAAUCAUUCUGUACGAAUGCAUAAUGGUUUUAUUUCUUUUGUGAUUGUAAGGGGCCCUUUUUGCAGGCUCCAUGUACAAAGGCUGCAUUGUGCAAUGUAAAAUUAUGUCGUAGAUAUAUUGAAUGAAACGUUGAAUGAAUGAAAAAAAAAAUAAAGAAAGUUUGUUAUUUCAUUAUUUAUAUUAUAUAAAAUAGGACGUCUAGAGAUUUCCAAAAAAAAAAAAUGAAAAUCUAUCGUACCUUUUAUUCGAUUAUACUCUGCAUAUCGUUUGUAAUUGUUCAAACAUUUUCAACCAUCUAGUCACAAUAAAAAUAUCCAUAUCAAAA